AUGCCGCUCAAGCUCAAUCCUCGCUCCCCCCUUCCCCCAUUCACCUUCUCCCUCUCUCCUUCUCCCCAUUCCCAAUCCCAACAACAGGAUGCCUCCCCGCCCCGUCCUCCAGCAGACUUUUUGCCUGAAAAAGACAUGUACCAAUUCGGUACCUAUCCACUUGUAGCGGACGGGGAGCCAGGCAGGGGACUCGUAAAGUGUGAGCGAUGUGGAAAGGUUGGAGUGGAGUGGGCUGCUGGGGAGCAUCGACGCGUGUGUAGCCAUAUACUGGACGGGACGCCACUGGCUACUAGAAAAGGAGGUAAGGGUAUCAAGACGGAUCCAAAGAAACGGCGUGCUUCCGAGGAUACCCCUCUAUCACCUCAAAAACGGGCCAAGGCUUCGCCCAUCCUUCCUACCGUCGACCUCAACUCCCACGACUAUCGAGGUAUGAAGAAGAGCGAUAUCAAAAAGCUCCAAAAGGAUAAGGCCAGACAAGAGAAGAAGGAGGCGAAGGAGAGGGAGAGGUUGGAGAUUGCUGAGCGGAAACGACAACGAGCCAAUAAUCCAAUCAACGUCGACCGACAGUGCGGUGUCAUCAACGACCGAAAUGUUCCCUGCGCCCGAUCCCUUACGUGCAAAACACACACAGUCGGCGCCAAACGUUCUGUCGAGGGCCGUUCCCGCCCAUACGACGAGUUGUACCUUGAUUGGCAACGAGAGCAUAAUCCGAACUUUAAGGAGCCUGCCAGAAAAGAUAGGGUGGAAAAGAAGAAGGAGAAGAAGAAGAAGGAAUUUGGGGAAGAAGGCGACGACGAUGGACUCGAGGGUGAUGAUGGGAGGAGGGAAGUCGGCGAGCUCAUUGCUCUUACCCGGAUGGCAGGCGACCGCGUCAAAAACCACAUCACUACUCUCGGCAACCCUUCCUCAAUCCAGUCUCAGCCGGGCUCCGCUACCCCGGGCCUCAAUUCUUCGUUCCCACCCCUCAGCGCACUCGGGCGCAGUCAGAACAACGCGUCCAACAGGACGACGGCAAAGAAACCGCCUUUCCAGCCAGUGUGGCGGUCAAACGCUGUGGGUGGAGGAGAUUUCUCUGACGUGGGGAGGAUGUUGGUGCAGGCACUGGCGGCGAGGACAAAGCCUUCGGUGCAAGGGGCACAGGGAGUGGGGAUGCCUGGGGCGGGGCUAGGCGAGAGCCAGGGAUUGUCCAUCUCGGCAGUGUAG